AUGAAGUUCCUCUGUCUUCAUGGAUCCAUUGGCAAUACGGACAACUUCAGUAUCCAGCUCGCACCGCUAGAAAAAGAUUUAGCGCAGGAUCACGCUGCAUCGUUUCGUUACAUGAACGCACCUGUAGAGGUUGACCCACCACAUGGCUUCGAAACAUACUUCGGGAUUGGUCCUCAUUACCGAUGGUUGACCGAUGGUGGACUUGGAGCACUAGGACUACUCGAACGUAUCCGAAGUCUGCCCACGGGAGACACUCCUGAGGAUGUCAUGAGAAAACUCCUCCUUGGUGGCAGAGACGCGGACACAAACGACAUUAUCAUCGACAGCACACGAUCAGUACUGGAACUGCUUCAUCGAGUCCUAGAAGACGACCCAGAGAUCGAGGGCAUCGUUGGCUACAGUGAAGGCUCGUGUCUGGGAUCGACGCUGAUUAUGGACGAGAUAAGAAGACAUGUCGAAAGCGGACGACAGAGGCGAAUUAAAUGCGCCAUCUUUUUUACGGGCUGGCCGCCUUUAGGGGCAGACUCGAUGCCGGUACUCAGCGACGAAAGUGAUUUUCGGAUUGAUAUCCCAUCGUUGCACGUCAUUGGCGCAAACGCAGAUCCAUACAAGAACGGGGCGGUAGCGCUGUAUAAUCUCUGUGACGACAACACUGCCAAGCUCUUCGAUACAGGCAAGGGCCAUACUAUCCCUAGAGGUGGUAUGGUGAUACACGAGCUGGCCGACGCGGUGCGAGAAAUGAUAGAGAAUGUCAGAGAUGGAUCAUCUGUGGAGGAGAGCUAG